AUGACGCAAUCCAAGCGGACUGCUGCGCCGCGAUCUGAUAGGGCGUCGGUAGAAUAUUUAACCAUUCAGCGCAACAAGAGGAGUCCACCCGACAUCGUCGAUAUUUGGACACGUAUCAACAUCUCUCAGCCAGCCAUGCAUCAAAACCUACCUGAAGGAGGCCGGACUCUGGUGUACUCAACGAUCAGCGAUCAUGAGGUCAAUCUUGACUACUAUUUGCCCAACACCGACCGUGGGAGUCUGCCCGCUUUGAUCUACUAUCAUGGCGGCGGAAUGACUGCUGGCUCACGGCGCAGCAUGUUCCCAUUUUGGCUUUACAACCACUGCCAGGCGAAAGACUACAUCUUCGUUUCAGCCGACUACCGGCUCUGUCACCCAACCACUGCCCUCGAUCAAAUUGAGGAUGCCAAAGCUCUAUUCAAGUUUGUUGCUGGGGAAACUUUUAAUGACGAUCUGCCUGUCUCUAUCACCCUUGAUACCACCCGUAUCGCUGUCACUGGAUUCUCAGCGGGCGCCUAUUCUGCUCGUGCCGCAUGCAUCUACGCUGAACCGAAACCCGCCGUCCUUCUGACAGGCUACGGACUUGGAGGUAACUUGCUCCUGGAUCACUGGACUUCCGCCCGACCGCCGACAUCCAUUGCUGGGCUGGUCAAUCUAGAUGAAGUCCCGGCGUUACUGGCCGACAAAACUAUCGUCAGUGAUGAUACGCCGGCGAAUGGCCUCAUGUCAAAUCGCUUUGCUCUCACAGUGCGCUGGGAGCUUGACGGUACUAUACUAGAUGGCAUCUUUGGAAAGCCUGGACUGGGCGCGAUGUUCAAUUCCGUGGACUAUGCUCAACGAGCUAGCAUGAUUCCUCCCGAUCUUAAGCCAGGGUUCUUAUCGUCUUUUGUCACGAAAGAUUAUCCUCCAUCUGUUUUCGUGCACGGCACGACUGAUGAGGUUGUGCUAGACCGGGAGAGCAUUGACCACCAUGAGCAGCUUAAGAAGCUGGGCGUAAAGACGGAGCUACUGCUUGUAAAGAACGGAUCACACGGACUGAUGGACCUGACCUCUGGCCCCCCGUUCGAGCUUUCUAGAGCCGGGGUAGAGGCAUAUGCCAAGGCGUUGGACUUUGUAGAUGAAGUGUUCAGCGCGGUCUAA